AGAUUAUACGGGAGAUUGUUGACGCUUGUGGAGUGGCUUCAACUUGAAAAUUUCGUAACGGUGGCGCAUGAACUACGAUGGUGAAUGUGCCUGUGGGUAAAGCAUUGUAGCCCUUGGUAGCCGCUCCAUAAGAGUUAGCAAUCUCCCCUAUAAUCUUUGAUUGAGUGCCAUAGCCUCAAUUGCCAUUUUUUUGGUUAAUUGCUAUGACAAAGUGCUGUGACGAAUCAAAAUGCUGAGACCGAGAGUACUCAGUCAGGUCUUGAGCCAGGCCAACACUGGAGGUGUUGAGAAUACUCUAUUACUCAGCAGGGAUGGAGGACUCCUGGCGUACAGUGGAUAUGGUGACAAAGACGCCCGAGUUACAGCUGCUAUAACCAGCAAUAUCUGGUCGGCGUAUGAGAAAAAUGGGAGAAAUGCAUUCAAAGAGGAUGAACUGCAGUUUGUUCUCAUGGAUUGUUUGGAGGGGAAAGUUGUCAUAACAAAAGUAGCAAACGUCCUGCUGUGCCUCUACGCGAAGGAAAACGUUGGCUUCGGCCUCCUCAGGGAGAAAGCCCAGGCAUUGGCUAAAUACCUCGAUCAGCCCCUGAAAACCCUCGCCAAUAUGCCCUGAAUUCACCGAUUCCUAUCAAAUGAUUGCAAUCUCUUCUGAAGACAUACUUUUUUUCAUGUAUUUUAUAUCGGACUGUAUAUAAAACGAGCGUACCUUAAGCUUUGCUAUGAGAAGAUGAUUUCGUUAAAAACAAAGUUUAAGAAACGGGAGCCAUUUGAGUGGUCCACAAGAUUGUACAAUAAAGUCUUUAUUUAGUCUUUAAAAUCACAA